AUGCGUGGGAGUUGCUGGUUGGGGGAGGUCAAGAUAAAUAAAAGCGUCACAGAUUCCGAGCUUGUGAUAUCGAAAAGAUGUCAAAAUGUCUGGUUGGCUUUGUCAGUGAUUGAUGGCCAUCAGGACUUCGUCUUUUAUCGGUGUGGAGAUCGUCUUGCUGUGCGCACGUUUAACAGCUGA